AUGUUGGUCGCCGAUCUGCAGGAAAAUGAGUUCAUUUUUGGAAUAGCGCUUUGUAAACUGCUCUGGUUCAGUGAAGGCACUAACAAGACGCUCUCACCAAUGAUUCUUACUGCUCUAUCCAUAGAUCGGUACAUAGCCGUUUGCAAACCUGCACUGAUUUGGAUGCGACAGACAAAAUUUGCUGUUUUUGUUGUUUCCGUCUGCAUCAUGGCGUCUUUACUCUUUAUCGCUCCUAUAACAGCGCAUGCCAAAAUCGCGGAUAUGGAGGAUUUUAAUGGAAUGGUGUACAGGAAGUGUACAUUGGACGAAAACCUUUGGUUCGAUUUGGUACACACACUCACUUGUUACGUCGCCCCAGUAGUACUAAUAUUCUCUGUCUACAUCGUGAUCUUAGUCAAGCUAUUUCGACAUACGCGAUUUUCGACCGUCGGCCGAAAAACUAGCAUCUCUCUAUCCAGAGUGGUCAAGUGCUCAGUGCUCGUCGUCGCUUUUUAUUUCAUUUGUUGGACUCCAUAUUGGACAAUGCGAAUCCAAGCUUUGAUGAAUGAAGCGGAAAAAAAUGUUGGAGUAACGUAUGGGAAUGACACUAUGGAUUAUGAAGAUGUCACAGAAGAGACGGGCACACCAGUGAAUGGCAUAUUUAUAAUGUACCUAAUGCAUUCACUUCCGUAUGCCCAAAGCGCAUUCAACUGGUUAUUCUAUGCGUUUCUUAAUCGGAAUCUACGUAACUCGUCCGGCCGGUGCAGCAAUGGCGUACGAUCCGUGCCGAUGACGAGUACGAUCAUCCUUGAAAACGGUGCAAGUUCGGCAAGUGGAUUGACGCCCCUUUGGAAGAAUAUCCAAAAUGUGGGCACUCAGCUGAAAACAGCCAGCAUUGAUACGGGAAAUGCGUUGAUGAGGAUGUCACCGUUUCGUACUCGUUCACGGAUUCAGUCGAGGAGCUCAACAUAUCUGGACUCCACGUAUCUAGAUCAUCUCAUGCCACCUCCACCUGCGGGCAGUGCCUCAUUGUUAGAUCUCCAACGGCGACCGUCAACUCUUAUUCCUCGACAAGAGCCGUCAUUGGUCGGGAAAGCGUUAUCCUUUUCCGAUUUACCACAUUCUCAUUUGAUCGAGAAGCCCAGCGAACCGACACCGUCAGCAGUGUCGGAAAGUUCAUCGGUUGAAUGGUUAUGA